CAAACUGUUCCGAGACGACGAAAAGGCUCUUUACCACGAGCAUGGAAAACAUCUAAUCCCAUGGAUGGGGGACAAGAGCAUCAUGAUUGAUAGGUCGGUUGAACAAACGUAGACUGAAACAUUAUGCUAACUGUUUCUGCUAUUCGUUAGCCUGUUUCAAAUUUCAAGGGACUACUCCAGAGUUCAUGUUGCAGAAGCCUGACAAGACCCGAAACAAACGCCGAAUGCUUUAUUUCUGUCUAACUUAUCUUUAGAUGUGUUAAACUGAAAAAUGCUAUUUGUAGUUCAUAAGGUAACAUGCUAAUAUGCAAAUACCACCAGUGCUUGCUAACCUUAGCCAUAACAGAAUAAUUACACGUCAUUCAACAUGUUUACUUUGUCAGAUAAAACUGCUGUCGAACGAAAAUUAAACUAUGUCAAAGUGGAUAAAUAAGAGUUAUUUAAUGUAAUUGUUUUCUACAUUUCAAGUUGAACAUUAUAACACUUUUGUGUAUAAUUUCACAUUUCUCUUGGCAUUGUGUUUCAGAAUUUGUAACACAAUGCCAUUGUGGAUGCAUAUUUCUUAUGUUGGACUAGAAUAGAAAUGCACCUCUCCAAGAUUUUACAGCUGAUUACUGAUCACCAAUUUUCCAAAUUUCUGAUUAGUUGGUUGUGACCUCAGUUCGCCAUUUUAUAUUGUAUAUUUCAAUAUAAAAUGUUUGAGAAAUAAAGCAGUGAUGUUUAGAGCACAAACUAUGUUAAAGUUUUCUUUCUCUGCAUCACUAAAAUCUUCAGAUACGGUAAAAUCCUACCUAUAAAUCAAAAUGUGGGAAAAAGAAUUGCAUAAACUAGAAUUGAUUUCUUUAUAGUUUAGAUGAAAAAGCUUUGACAAUAAAGUCAACUUCUUGUUACAUCUGGUCAUCAAAUUUCCAAUUUUCCAGUGAUAUCAGUGUUGAUAUCACUGUAGAUAUUUCAUUUGAAACCACUCAUAUAUACUCCAAAAGUCUAACUUUGAGUCUUAUUCACAGAUUUUUAGUAUCUAACUGGCUGAUCAGUUAACAGAACCGAUCCAGGAUAAUGUAUGACACUCCCGACUACCAGAACCUUUCUUGGUGCAUCUCUGUCUAGAACAAAUAGGACUAGCCUGGUGAGAUUUGCAUACUGGCAUGUUAUAUGAAUUUCCUCUGGAAACUUCUGAUUGCUAAAUAAAUAUCACAAUAUUCACUCUGUCAAAUUGUUUCUUCCCUUUCAACUGCUUUGACUUGAUCCAGUUUAGUUUGUUGAUGGGCAUCAUCCCAGAGAAUAUUCUAACCCAUAAUAAGUACCUUUGGUCAAAAUGAUUCAAAACUUUGCAUGAACACUGUUUUUUGUUAAAUUAUGCAUCUUGUUGCUAUUACUUUGUAUUUACUUGAAUCAUCUUGGUCUGCAGUGGUCCAGCCUUUGUUUCAUUUGUACACGAUUUGUAUGUGUGUCUUUAUCACAUAACAAAGUUUUUCCCCCAGCAAGUUAGGCUUAGGGGGUCGUUCCAAACCCUGAUUGUCAACAACAGCACCCCAUUUCUUUGCCUUCAUGAAGAAACUACAUCAGAGAGAUGCCAUAGAGGGACCCUGGAAUAUAUCCUCCAUUUGGGUUCUUACGGAUAGAUAUGAUGGGCGGGGUCACUUACAUGACCUUUCAGAGUAUGACAGUGGGUCAUGGAAUACAUCCUACCAGCUGUCAGAGGAAGAGGUCAGGAUUGAGGCGCUUUGCGAUGAAGAGCGAUACCUGGCUCUGCACACCGACCUUCUGGAAGAAGAGGCAAGACAAGAGGAAGAAUACAAACGAUUAAGUGAGGCCCUGGCUGACGAAGGCACUUACAAUGCAGUGGCCUUCAAGUACAGUGCUGACUACUACGAUCCCUCACAGCCCACAGAAGAAGAGGAUGCUAACAAGGAACGUGAGGAAGCAGAGCCUGAGGAAAGUGAAGAGCCAUUUGUUGCCCCCCCAGGACUUGUUAUCCCACCAGAUGUGGAGCUGCCGGCAACCAUCAAGACUCACAACAUCAUCGAGAGGACGGCCAACUUUGUGUGUCAGCAGGGGGCUCAGUUUGAGAUCGUGCUGAAAGCAAAACAGGCCAGGAACUCCCAGUUUGACUUUCUCCGGUUUGACCACUAUCUGAACCCGUAUUAUAAACACAUCUUGCGGGCCAUGAAGGAAGGUCGAUACAACCUUGUCUCUUCCAACAAGCAGAACCAGUCGCAAGACUCAAAUUCAGAAGAUUCUGAUGAUGAUGGAGAUGGAAACUAUCUUCAUCCCAGUCUUUUUGCUCCUAAGAAAUGUUCUCGCCUAGAGGAGCUGACAAAGCCUCUUAAGAUUAUGGACCCAGAUCAUCCCCUGGCAGCAAUUGUACUAAAAGCUCAAAGGGAAAGAAAUGGCACAGCAGCUACAGUCACUGCUCCUGAGGAACCUCCACCCACUCCACCAGUCCAGUACUCUGCUGACCCUGUCUACUACGGGUAUUACAUGCUUCCAGAUGGCUCAUACUGCUUAGCUGCACCUCCACCUGGUGUAGAUGCAAAUUCGUACUACAACAAUAUGACUUCAGCUGUCGUUUCGGCCCCUGCUUCCUCUGAGCCUUCGUCCCACAGUGAGAGCACUUCAACACCUGCUGUAACUGUCACCAUGGCACCACAAGCUGCAGCUCCCCCACAGGUUUCCACCCCAGCUGCUGCUGCUGCUGUGAACGUACCAGAAAUCAGCUCCAAAGUUGAAGCUCCAGUUUCCACAUCAGCGCCGCCAGCCAUCAUUCCCCCACCACCCGACAUCCAGCCAGUCAUAGACAAGCUGGCAGAGUAUGUUGCGAGGAAUGGACUGAAGUUCGAAGCUAGCGUCCGUGCUAAGAACGAUCCCCGGUUUGAUUUUCUGCAGUCUUGGCAUCAGUACAAUGCCUAUUAUGAGUUUAAGAAGAAUUACUUCUUGCAAAAAGAAGGAAGAGCCCUAUCAGAGAGUGUGACAACAAACGAAGAUAAGCUUCAAUCAGACGACUCAGCUAAUGACGCCAAGCUCACAAAAGCCUCUUUUGCCCCCAUCUCUUUUGCAAUCAAGCCAAAGGAAAAUGACCUACUUCCCUUGGAGAAGAACAGAGUGCGACUGGACGAUGAUUCAGAUGAAGACAAAUUUUUGGAAGAGGAGGGGCUUGAUGCUGUGAUAAGUGGAGCUAUAAUGGUUGAAAAAGAGCCUCCUCCUGUGAUUACAUCUGAAGAGAAGAAACCUGUCCUAACAUUAGAAGAGCUGGAAGCAAAACAAGCCAAGCAGAAACUGGAGGAUCGCCUCGCAGCUGCAGCCAGAGAGAAGCUGGCCCAGGCAUCUAAGGAGUCCAAGGAGAAACAGCUACAGGCGGAGAGGAAAAGGAAGGCAGCGCUGUUCCUGCAGACGCUCCGCGGUCCAAUCGCUGGAGAGCCUGGGGCCAAGAGAGCGGAGCUAGAGUCAUAUACACAGCAAGAGCUGCAGGAAGCCUACUCUGCUCUGUCCAGUUCUGGAUCUCCUCAAUUGUACAAUGUGCCACCCGCGUAUCCUCAGGAUCAAAAAUUGUCCCAAGGAGCAAGCCGCUCUAGAGAGCUCCCAACCGGUUCAUCAUCAUCAUCAUCAUACGCCACGUCCAAAGGCCCAGAGAGACGCAGGGAUAGAGAUCGGGACAGAGAUCGAGAAAGAGAUCGUGAUAGAGACAGAGCAAGAGACAGGGAUCGGGACAAAGGGAGGGAUAAAGACAAAAAGAAGAAGAAGCACAGGAGGAGAUCAAGAUCGAGGUCAAAGACGAGACACUCCCUUCCUAGUGCCUACAAAAGAGGUCACAGAUCCCGUUCGCGUUCCCCUGGGAGGAGGGACAGGAGGGCCCCCUCGCCUGAAAAGAGACGUGAGGAGAGAGAUCGUUAUCAUCCCAGCAGCCGGUCCAACUUGCCCAGGGCACAUUCAAGAUCCAGGUCCCCUUCGGAACAAAAAAGAAACUUGUUAUCUUUGUCAGGGCAGGUGCAAACAGCAGGAUUCGUUGUCUCUCCAUAUUCUUCACCCAGAGUUUUGUCAGAGUCUGUGAGCCCUGCGUCCAGCUUCAGCCACUCAAGGGGUUGUUCUCAGGAGAAAGACAAAGCAGUGUCUUCAUCCAUAGUGUCCUCUGUGCAGACCAAAAUAACUCAGGAUCUGAUGGCCAAAGUGCGAGCCAUGCUUGCUACAUCCAAGACCUUCCAGCCUCCCACUUCCUGAAGAGGGCAGAUCUAUUCUGUACCCACUGCAGCCUCCGUCAGUCAGAGAGCUCCAUUCUCCAAUUUCCUGGAGAUUCAUCUUGCUCUCAUCUGUGUUUAUCAGCGACGUCUUUAUCUAUGAUUUAUUAUUUCAGUUAUGUUUGAUCUGCAGACUCUGUUUAGCUACAGAAUGUCCUUUGCAGUGUCGUAAGAAUGAAGCAAGCUGGAGCCGUAAGUGUCUAGUUUCACACCUGACUGGAGGCGGCGGCUCAUUUGCUGGGAGAUUAAGACACAGUUGAUAUGUUUUGGUGCAGCGAGAAUCAAUUGUGGAAGUAAUCCAUGUGUUAUGCAUUCUGUUUUUUGAUAAACCCGUAAAAUGAUGUCAGUCAUUUCUGCAGCGUUAUGUGGAGCUGUGGCAAGUGCAAUUAUCUCCUUCUAUGAAGGUUUGUGUUUGAUAAUUUCAUUUCUCUCACAUAUCUGCUUUUCAAUGCUGCUGUUUCUUUCUCUCACACACUUUCUCUCUCUUUCUCUUUGUUUCUCUCUGUUUCCCUCUCGUCUCAUUAUUCCACUCUAACCGGAGAAGUGGUUUUAAUUUUUUAUUCAUUCCCUCAGCUGUACGGUGUGGCCUUCUAUUUCUGUUCCUGGUUUGUACUGUAAUGAGUUUGACGCAGGGCAACUUUGUAAACUGAACAGUCAAUAAAGUCUCAGUUGUGAAUCA